ACCUUCCUCCGGCUUCCCCUCGUUUCACGACGCGCCCGGCAGCCAAAAGCCUCGAUCAAAUCUCAACCCAAUCCGACUUAUACGUUCGACGCCAGUCGCUGGUUAACAUGUCAGUCUUGCCGGCUGAGGUCAACGCCCAGCUGGCCCAGCUGCUUCAGCAGCUCCAGUCGGCCGAUAACAAUAUCCGGUCGCAGGCCGAGGAUGUCCUUCAGAACCAGUGGACGAGCCAGCGACCGGAGUGGCUGUUGAUGGGCCUGGCCGAGCAGAUUGGCACCUCAACCGACCCGUCUAUGCGAUCCUUCGCGGCAGUCAUUUUCCGUCGCAUAGCCUCCAAGACGCGAAAGAUUGGCAACUCAGACAAUGUCGACAUGUUCAUUUCUCUAGACAAGGAACACGGCACCGUCAUCCGCGGCAGGCUUCUGGAAACCUUGAUCGCGGAGAACGAUAAGACCGUCCGCAACAAGAUUAGCGAUGCCGUUGCCGAGCUCGCUAGGCAAUAUUAUGACAGCAAUGAUUCGUGGCCAGAGCUGCUCCAGGUUCUCUUCCAACUCAGUCAGGCGCCGGACGCGGGCAAGAGGGAGACAGCCUUCCGCGUCUUCACCGCGACACCGGGCAUCAUUGAGAAGCAGCACGAGGAUGCCGUAGCCCAAGCAUUCGCGCAUGCCUUCGAAGACGAGUCGGUAGCGGUCCGCCUCGCUGCAAUGGAGGCCUUUGCCGCCUUUUUCCGCAGCUUGUCCAAGAAGAACCAGGCCAAGUACCACGUUCUCCUUCCCGAAGUUCUCAACAUCCUGCCUCCUAUCAAGGACUCCCAAGACUCGGAGGAUCUCAGCAAGGCCCUCGUUGCUCUUAUCGACCUCGCGGAGGGAGCGCCCCGAAUGUUUAAGCAGACGUUUAACGUCUUGGUCCGAUUCUGCAUAACGGUGAUUCAGGACAAGGAGCUUAGCGACCUUUGCCGCCAAAAUGCCCUGGAGCUUAUGGCUACUUUUGCCGAUUAUGCGCCGUCGAUGUGCAAGAAGGAUCCCAACUAUACCAAUGACAUGAUUACCCAAUGCCUCAGCCUGAUGACCGAUCUCGGCGAGGACGAUGACGACGCUGCUGAGUGGCUUGCAGCAGACGACCUCGACGACCCGGAAAGCGACCAAAACCAUGUUGCUGGCGAGCAUUGCAUGGAUCGUCUCGCCAACAAGCUCGGCGGCCUGGUUGUCUUGCAACCAACGUUCAACUGGCUUCCCCGCAUGCUGUCAUCUCCUGCAUGGAGGGAUCGCCAUGCUGCCCUCAUGGCGAUAUCUGCUAUCUCGGAGGGCUGCAGGGACCAGAUGAUUGGCGAGCUGAAGCAGGUUCUUGAGCUGGUCGUUCCUGCGCUGAAGGACCCCCAUCCACGUGUCAGAUGGGCGGGAUGCAAUGCGCUGGGUCAGAUGAGCACCGACUUCGCUCCCGUAAUGCAAAAGGAGUAUUACGAUGUCGUUCUCUCGGCCAUUUUACCAGUCCUUGACUCUCCAGAGGCCAGGGUCAAAUCCCACGCCGCCGCCGCUCUCGUCAACUUCUGUGAGGAGGCUGAGAAGAGCGUGCUGGAGCCUUAUCUUGAUGGGCUGCUGACCGCACUUUACCAACUCCUCCAAAACGAGAAGCGAUAUGUCCAAGAGCAAGCCUUGUCCACGAUUGCCACCAUCGCCGAUGCCGCCGAGCAGGCGUUCUCCCGGUACUAUGAUACCUUGAUGCCCAUUCUAGUGGGUGUCCUUCGUCGCGAGAACGAUAAGGAGUAUCGACUGCUGCGGGCGAAGGCGAUGGAAUGCGCGACACUGAUCGCGCUCGCGGUGGGAGCUCAGCGGCUGGGCGGCGACGCCGCGAUGCUUGUCCAGUUGCUGGGGAGCAUCCAGGACUCUGUCCAAGAUCCUGAUGACCCGCAGGCUCAGUACCUGAUGCACUGCUGGGGCAGAAUGUGCCGUGUCAUGGGCAAGGCUUUCCUCCCCUAUCUUCCGAAAGUCAUGCCGCCGCUUCUCGAACUGGCGAGUGCCAAGGCCGACAUUCAGCUUCUCGACGACGAAGAGCAGAUCGAGAAGUUCCAGCAAGAGGACGGUUGGGAGCUGGUGCCACUCCGGGGUAAGACCAUCGGCAUCAAGACCAGCUCGAUGGAUGACAAGCACAUGGCUAUCGAGCUCCUGGUAGUCUACGCUCAGGUGCUUGAGGAAGAGUUUGCUCCCCAUGCGGACGAAAUCAUGGAGAAGAUUGCCUUGCCCGGGCUUGCUUUCUUCUUUCAUGAUCCCGUGCGAUUCGUGUCCGCCAAGCUUGUUCCUCAGCUGCUCAGCUGCGUCAAGAAGGCGUACGGACCCCAAUCUGAGCAGCUCGCGGCUCUCUGGAGCAAGACGGUCGACAAGCUUCUCGAAGUUCUCACGGCCGAACCAGCAGUUGACACACUCGCAGAGAUGUACCAGUGCUUUUAUGAGUCAGUCGAGGUCAUCGGUCGCCCCUGCCUGACCGAUCAGCAUCUCGCCCGAUUCAUUGAGGGUGUCAACUCGACGCUAGAGGACUACAAAGAUCGUGUUGCACAGCGCGAAGAGGAGCGCCGCGGCGUGCCUGCCGAGGAUGCCGAAGACGAACAGGAAGAGCUACUUCUGGCCAUCGAGGAUGACCAGACACUGCUCUCCGACAUGAACAAGGCGUUCCACUGCGUGUUCAAGUAUCACGGAGUCAACUUCCUGCGCCACUGGGAGCACCUGCUUCCCACUUACCAGGGCUUCCUCAAGUCGAGCGAUCCGACGCAGCGGCAAUGGGGACUGUGCAUCAUGGAUGAUGUCUUGGAGUACUGCGGCCCUCAGAGCAGUCAAUAUGCAAACUACAUCACCCAGCCGCUACUGCAAGGCUGCCAGGACCCGUCGCCUGCCAUCCGCCAGGCGGCAGCAUACGGCAUUGGCGUGGCGGCGCGUCACGGCGGCGAGGCAUGGUCGGCAUUCCUCGGCGGAGCUGUGCCCUUCCUGUUUGAGGCCAUGCGUGUUCCUGAUGCGCGCAACGAGGACAACGUAUACGCAACUGAGAAUGCGUGCGCCGCCAUUGCCAAGAUUCUCCAUUUCAAUGCUUCAGCCGUCACGCAGCAGGAUCAGAUCAUCGCCGAGUGGCUCAACACUCUGCCCAUCACAAAUGAUGAGGAAGCGGCGCCAUACGCAUACCUCUACCUCGCGGAGCUUAUCGGCAAGCAACAUCCGGCAGUCACAUCGCAGGCGUCGCGGAUAUUUGUGUAUGUUGCCCAGGCUCUGGAGGCAGAGGCUCUCGCCGGACAGAAUGCUGCACGAGUUGUUGCAGCAACCAAGCUUCUGCUGGAAGGUACCAACACAGACGUUACACCACUGCUGCAACAAUUCACGCCAGAGGCGCAGAACGUCAUUCGGGCACACUUCGCCUAGGAACGAUAUGGCGGAGGCCAAUGCGUGCGUAUGUUCCAGCCCGGCUCGAUGAAUCUUGGGAUAUGGAAGGCCGCCCGACAGAAGCAAAGGGGGCAUACUUGGCGACGGUGGUUGAUGUCGCUGGCAGCCGGGUUGAGCUGCGCGAC